AUGGCUACCAAGACUUACAAUGUCGGUAUUGUCGGCUACGGCUUCAGCGCAAAGAUCUUCCACAUUCCCUUCGUGAAGGAGGUUCCCGAGCUCAAGCUCUACGCAAUUGUCCAGCGCACACCGAAGCAGGAUGAUGAUGCCGAGAAGGACCACCCUGGUGUGAAGUCUUUCCGUACUGCUGAGGAGAUGGUCCAGGACCCCGCAAUUGAUGUGGUGAUCAUCACUACUGCCCCCGAUUCUCACUUCGCGCUGGUCAAGCUGGCGCUGGAGGCUGGAAAGCACGUCGUCUGCGAGAAGCCCUUUACCCCCACUACUCAGGAAGCUGAUGACCUCAUCGCCAUUGCGAAGAAGAACAACAAACAGCUUGCCGUGUUCCAGAAUCGCCGCUGGGAUGCCGACUUCGUGACUCUCUCCAAGCUCGUCAAGAACGGCUCUCUCGGCCGCAUCUCCGAGUAUGAGACCCACUUCGACCGCCACCGUCCUGAGGAACCCGCCUCCGACUCUCACAAGUGGAAGAACAAGGUCAUCCCUGGUGGUUCAGCAGUCUACGACCUCGGAACCCACCUCCUCGAUCAGGCUGUGCACCUGCUUGGCCUACCCGCACGGGUGACCGGUUUCAUUGGCUCCGCCCGGGCGUCCAACACCUCUUCAUACGAGGACUCCUUCACCGUUCUGCUGCACUAUGCCAACGGCACUAUGGUUACCGCCAAGGCGACCGUGGUCAGCCCGAAGGACGAGCAGCUGCGCUUCUGGGUGCGCGGUGACAAGGGUAGCUUCAAGAAGUACCACCUCGAUAUCCAAGAAGAUCAGCUCAAGGCCGGCAUCAUGCCCCAGGAUAAGGGCUACGGACGUGAGCCCAGCGAGCGUUACGGUGCUUUGACUACUAUCCAGAACGGCAAGCCCGUCAAGGAGGUGUACUACCGCAAGCUUGUCCGCGCUCUUAAUGGCGAGGGUGACCUCCCUGCUAGUGGUGUAGAGGCUCGCGAGGUCAUUCGUUUGAUCGAGUUGGCUCGUGAGAGUUCUCGCUCUGGACGUACCUUGGACGUCUAA